CCUGCCGUCCGAGCUCGCGCUGGGCACUCGGGUUUCUCGGGUCCAGGGAGGGACAUCCACUCCGGCCCGAGAGCACAGGAGACCCCUCGCGCGCUGGGGCCGGGCGCGCCAACCCCGCGUCCUAGCCUCAGGGCUCGGCGCCUGCGCCUGUCAGUCAGCGUCGUCGGCCCGACCCUCCCGGAGCUCGACCAAUCGUAGCCGGGGGUCGGGGGUGAGGAGUCGUAGCGGGGCCAGGAAGCAGGGGGCGGACUGCCUGGCGCCGCGGCGACGGACAGGGGCGUCCGGGUGUCCUGCCGCGGGGCAGCGCGCGGCGGCCUCCGCCUCUGGAGCAUGAAUGGUAUAAAAACGAAAAAACAUCAACAUGUGCUUCGGAUGUGGCGAGGAAAGAAUAAGGCUGCUGUCACGAGUCCUGGAGUUCAGGCCUUUACACUGCAGGAAAGUGAGGUGAAACUCUGAUUUCUUAGUUCUAAUAAGUAUCUCUUCUUGGGAACUGGAAAUUGCCAAAAAAAGCUGCUGGUGUUCACGCAGGAUGUAGACCACGCCUACCACGGUGCAGCUGGCUUCCUGUGGAGUGUCAUCUUUGGUCUUCUCCCUCUCUGGCCAUCUGGGAAACCUCUGAUUCUUACGGCCAACUCCUUGAGAAAGGUUUCUGCAGAGCAUCACUUGGGCCCUGGUGACAGAGAUAAGAAAAAUGUGCUUCUUCACUCAACCCCAGCCUCUCCUCUAUACAAAGAACUUCUAAGGACGCUAGGAGAAAAGAAGCACGUUAAACUGAAAGCUCACCUGCAGCUCAGAGAAACAAAGGCAUGGAGUUCUGAGGAGUGGAGGUAGCAUGGUGUCGGCCAUGGGUGUCAAGACACAGCCAGACAAUGUGGAUCAAUUUCUUCAGACUGCGGCUUUUCUGCUGUCUGCUGGCAGUGUUGAUGGUGCUGGUGCUGGUCAUCAACGUCACUCAGGUAGAGUACUUGGAUCAUGAGACUGUUUCGGCCAUGUUCAUCGACAGUAGUGGGCAGUUUGUUUCCUCCCAGGUGUCAGGAAUUAGCCGGAAUCCUUACUGUGGCUAUGAGCACCAGACUCUGUCCAGCCGGGAGCGCGUGGAAGAGGACUCCUUGCUGGCCGCCUUACAGUGGCAGGUGCCUGACAUGGGCCCAGUCCCAUUUUUGAAGAGCACUGACCCUUCUUCCAGCUACUUUGUCAUCUUGAACUCUGCAGCCUUCUUCAAGGUGGGAAGCCAGCUAGAGGUGCUGGUUCAUGUACAGGAUUUUCAAAGAAGGCCCAAGAAGUAUGGUGGAGACUACCUGCAGGCCAGAAUCCACUCUCCUAAGCUGCAAGCAGGGGCUGUGGGCAGAGUGGUAGACUACCAGAAUGGGUCUUACAAGGUCUUUUUCACAUUGCUCUGGCCAGGCAAAGUUAAAGUGUCCGUAUCUCUGGUCCACCCCAGUGAAGGGAUCAGAGUUCUUCAGCACCUGCAGGAAGAGAAGCCAGACAGGGUCUAUUUCAAGAGUCUCUUCCGUUCAGGAAGAAUUUCUGAAACUACUGAAUGCAACGUGUGUCUUCCUGGGAGCCUGCCCCUGUGUAACUUCACAGAUCUCUACACUGGAGAACCCUGGUUCUGCUUCAAGCCGAAGAAGCUGCCUUGCAGCAGCAGGAUUAACCAUUUCAAAGGCGGGUACCUGAAGGGCCUUGUCACCGCUGCCGAGAAUGCCUUCUUCCAGAGUGGUGUCAAUAUCAAAGUGCCGAUCAACUCCAGUGGACCUGACUGGGUGACCGUGAUUCCCAGGAGGACGAAAGAAACUAACAACCUCGAACUAUCUCAAGGCUCAGGAACUUUUCCUUCUGGGUAUUAUUACAAAGAUCAGUGGAUGCCCAGAAAGUUUAAGAUGCGCCAGUUUAAUGACCCUGACAACAUUACAGAAUGCUUACAGAGAAAAGUGGUGUAUUUAUUUGGUGACUCGACAAUCAGGCAGUGGUUUGAAUACCUUACUACGUUUGUUCCAGAUUUGGUGGAGUUUAACUUGGGUAGUCCCAAGAACGUGGGGCCCUUCCUUGCAGUGGACCAGAAGCACAGCAUCCUGCUCAGAUACCGCUGCCACGGUCCCCCCAUCCGCUUCACUACCGUCUUUAGCAAUGAGCUCCGUUAUGUGGCAAAUGAGCUGAAUGGCAUCGUGGGAGGGAAGAACACGGUGGUGGCCAUAGCUGUAUGGUCUCAUUUCAGCACCUUCCCCUUGGAAGUGUAUAUCCGGCGGCUCAGGAACAUCCGUCGAGCAGUGGUCCAGCUCCUGGAUCGAAGCCCUAAGACUGUGGUAGUCAUCCGGACAGCCAACGCCCAAGAGCUGGGGCCUGAGGUGAGCCUUUUCAACAGCGACUGGUACAACUUUCAGCUGGAUACCAUCCUUCGGAAGAUGUUCUCAGGGGUUGGAGUAUAUCUUGUUGAUGCCUGGGAGAUGACGCUGGCCCAUUAUCUACCCCACAAGCUACAUCCAGAUGAAGUUAUUGUGAAGAACCAACUGGACAUGUUCUUGUCCUUUGUGUGCCCCUUGGAGACCUAGCCUGCCUGAGGAGACUGGUGGAAUCACAUUCAGUGACCUCUACCACCUGCAUUACAGAAAGUUUAUGAGUGGCCCCAUGGAGAGAUGGCUGCCAUUGAUAUGUACAAAAUUUCAAAAUGAGGUGGACUUUAAUUACUUGUAAGGAGCUUAGAAAAUGCAGAUUACGUUUAUAUCUACCUAUAGGAUUUUUUCCAAUCUUGACUCAGCCAUAGGAGAACUAUUAUUAACAGCAUCUGCACUGUAAUGCCCUUGUACCAAAGAUGCUAGGGAGUGUGUUCGAACUAGCUUCUCCUGGAGGGGAAAUCACCGGGCUAAAAAGUGCGAGAAAUGUUCUGACCCAACUGGAAGGGACAUGUUUGACUGGCAGUGGAGAGUUGGUAGGUUAUCUGGUAGAGGAAAUUGUGCACAUCUGCAUGAGUAGCACAGUCGGUCCACCUUCUCGGGGUGAACUAACGAGGCUCAUAGUCAGUGGCUCCUGUACCACACUGAAGACUCUGGGUCUCGGGAGUUUCUCUUGAUGACCCGCUUUUUCUGAAUUACUUGAAAAGGCCAGUGUCCUUGGUCAGAAUUUUAUAGUGAGAAUAUUUACACAGUUCUGUGUUUGUCUGGAAAAGAAGCAAAAGGGAAAUGUGAAAGAAGUACAUGUAAAAUCUGUGCAUUGAAUUGACAUUUGCAUCGGGUGAUUAUUAUUUAUUUGAUUCAGCUAAACUUUACGUGAUGAAUCCUUAUUCUAAAAUAACCACUUUUGGAACUGGAAGGGGGAAAUCAAUAAAGGGAAAUCUAUUUUUGUGUUCUGAAGUUUGAGGGUUUUAAGACUUGACUUUUAUGUAAAGAAUGCUAUUGUUUGUUAUAAAGUUGUGGA